AACGGGGGAAAAGGAAGGCGGAGGGAGAGCCACCGAAAAAAAGGAAAUGGCUGGUAAAUAGUGCGAUUACGCGAGAAUUGCGCUCUGUAGUCUAUUAUGCGGACCCGACAGAAUGGAAUGGCCCACUUCUGGAGUUAAUUCAUCGGGGUGAAUUUGUAGCACUACACGGGCCACGAGCCUCGGGAAAGUCUACACGGGUGCUUGCAGUUCAGGACCAGUUGCGAAACGAAGGAUUUGUUUGCAUUUAUGCGUCUUUUGAACAUGUCCAGGUCGAGGAGGAUGUACACACCUUCUGGCAAACACUCGGAAUGACUCUCCAUCGCGAUGCUCGUGAGAAUGGCAUUUCUAUUUCUAAAAUCAAUUCUGACCAGAGUUUUCUCGAGGCAUUUCAGCGCGAUCAGUGGGAGCAACGCAAUAAUGUUGUUCUUCUUUUUGAUGAGUUUGAUCAUAUGUACACUGCAACAGAGGUUGUUCUCAACUCAUGUCUGAAGAUCAUUCGUGGCAUCAAAAACAGCAGAAACUCAUUCGCUAUCUUCUCUAUUGUUGCCAUCGGUCCGUUUAGUAUUUUAUACCUGAAUCCGAAUGAGUUGACUAUAUCGCCUUUCAACGUCCAGGCACCAUUUCAAAACCCAAAUUUUACUCGAGAACAAGUACAAACAUUAUACGAUGAAUUUAUGAAAGAAGAACAGAUAACCAUUGACCCAAAAAUUAUUGAGGACAUAUAUAUGCAGACAAACGGCCACGCUGGUCUCGUCUGCCUAUGUGGGCGCGCCAUUUAUGAGAAGCUUAUGAAGGAACUAGUUGGGGGAGUGCACUUAAACCAUGACACAUGGCAACGUUUCUCAGCCUUUUUACUGGGGGAUGAGAUUACAGAGUAUUCAACAUUUAGGAGGAUGAAGAACGCUCUUCUGAGGGAUAAUUCAAAGUGUGCUGUGAAACUCUUUCAAUCAAACUUCCUAGCGAAUAUCGACCCUGUACGUGUCUCUUCUGACGAAAAGGAUUUGGCUUUAUUCCUCGCAGCUGAAGGAGUCCUAGUUCCUGGGGAAGAAACUAACACCUUCAAGAUUUCCUCCCCCUUAGUGCGCUGGCUAGUCCUUCGAGAAAUAAUACCUAAGGUGUUUCCCUCCUCCCCGAAAGUCGAAGUACCUUAUCGUUCUUCUUCACAUAAUCUAGAUAUUUUCGAGAUCUUGAAACAGGCUGUCUGUACGUUUGAUAGAGAAUACAUGAAUUUGGCAUCCUUACGUUCAUUCAAGAGGGCGUAUGUGAAUGUGAAUGUGAAUAACGUUAAAAAUGAAUCUGUACCCAGAGAGAGUGUAUACGAAGCAGAGCUGUACCGAAUCUUGUCGAAUUGGCUCAUUAAUUUUAAAAUUACGGGACAAUGGCAUAUAGUACGUCAUAAUAACGGACGUAAUCAACACAAAUAUAGUGAUCUAGUUAUUGAUUCACCUAAACAUCCAACGGUUGUACUUGAGCUGUUGGCAACAGCAAAACGGAACGAGCUCGACGAACAUUUUUCACGGGUUCUUAUUUAUGCAAAUGAACUCUCAGCAGAGGAGGCUUGGAUCGUUCAUUUUACGUGUGAAGACAAUGUAACCGAGAAUCCUUAUUGGCCAGGUGAUAGUGAACUUAAAAGGGGCCUUCGAGUUGUGCAUUUCUGGCACGAUAUCAACUUCACAAAAAUUGGUGUGGUUGCAUGCUGGUGGGACGCGAAUGGAAAUGCGAAGCAUGUCACUGAUGUCGAAGAGUUUAUGCUGCGUUCUAUUUGA